AUGGGGAAGCAUCUUCUGCUGUUCCUGUUGGGCCUCUCCUUUGUGGUGGGCUUCCUGCAAGCUCUGACAUGUUGGGACUGUGCCAUUUUAAAGUCUGAUGGCAAUUGUGUGAAAGGAAACACCACCUGUGAGGCUAAAGAUGACCAGGAAUGUGCUUUACUGGUCGUUUCUAAAGGUGAUAAUAUCCUGUAUCGGAUACAAGAUUGUUCAUCCAGGUGCUUAAAUAAGACUUUGACUUAUCCCCAUGUAACACUGAAUUUUUCAUGUUGUCAUGACCAAUCACUCUGCAAUGAGUUUUAG